AUGCAAUCUACUUGUUUGUUUACUUGUUUAUCAUUCAUCACCAUUUACUUCUCAGCAACAUAUGCAAAAUGUCCCGAGGGAUCGCUUGAGUAUUUGGAACGAGCCGAGUGCAUUUAUCCCGUUGAUUCGAAAACAACGUAUCCGGAGGCGAAAAAGAUUUGCCGAAAUCUCGGCGGUCAAAUCAUCACGAUUCGAGAUAUUUUCGAGAAUGUCAUGUCUGGAUCUGAGGCACAAACAACACUCGGUGUCGAUAGUCAAUCGUACAUUGGUGUGAUCAGAGGAUCAGACGGAACGUGGACAAACGAUGAUGGCACUUCGCUGAAGUAUCAGAAUUGGAAAUCGGGAAAUCCUCUCCAAAAUGUGAGUUGUGCUGUGCAAAGUGCCCAAGACUACCAGUGGAUAUCGGUGAGCUGUGAUACAAGUACAACAUUUAUCUGCUCAAUACUAAACAACGGAACAAUGGAAAUUACCACAACGGCUUUUCAUCCAGCUUGUCCAGCUGGUUGGGUACCGUUCAAUGGGAAAUGCUACUAUUUCCAGGACCCGGUUCUCGAAGAUCACUUUGUUUCCUUCACAAUCUAUGGAGCCGAGGAUGCGUGUCAAUCAAUGGGUGCCACCGUUGUCUCAAUUCACAGUCAGGAGGAGUUCGACUUUCUGAAAAGGGAAAUCGCCACCGACCCCUCAAUUCUCAAAGAGACCGACUGUCAACAGGAUCAGGCGGUGAUCGGGCUCAUUUGUGCGGGUUUCUAUCAGGCGUGGACCGACAAUACACCCUUCGAUUUUGACAAAACCAAGAAUUGCACCGCCGGCACAAACACUUACGGGAUCAUAAAUGAUCCCCGAUGCUCACAAAAUGACUAUUGGAGCAACUGGGAUGAGGACUUUUUCUAUUAUCGCUACAUCUGUAAGAAG